CCUACACUUCCAUGAGCUAAGCCGCGAACCUUUGUCUGAAAGAAUAGUUGAAGAUGACCCAAUGUUGUCAAGGCAACGCUUGGCAUUUCCGGAUUGUGAGAGAAACACUGAGCGGAAAUGACGGAUUUAGCGAAAGAGAAAGCAGCACGUCUGCUGAAGAAGCGUGCAAGUGUGUCUUCACUGGGCAGUCAUGAAGUCAGAGCUAAAGAUACCAUUGGAAAAACCAAAGACUCUAUCAGCACUGUGUCCUACAUUGAUGAGCCCGGUCACCAUGACGAUAUUCCAAGGCCAACAGUGCACAUGGAGAACACCUACCAGCUCACACCACCACGACGUUUCCCAGUAUUAACAGUAAAGGACAUUCUGAAGGAUGUGUUGACCAGUUACCUACAGGAGGAGAAAUAUGAAGCUGAACUGUGCAGACAAAUGACCAAAACAAUCUCUGAGGUUGUCAAGGCCAGAGUGAAAGACCUGAUGAUUCCUCGCUAUAAAAUCAUAGUAAUCAUUUGGAUCGGUCAGAUCAGAGAUCAGAACAUACGCAUGGGGAGUCGAUGUCUGUGGGAUGCGGCACAUGAUACUUACUCUUCACAUAGUUUCAAAAACAGCUCGCUCUUUGCCGUUGCCAAUGUCUACGGUGUCUACUUUGAAUGAUACGGUGGGAAUUGAAAAGCCGGCCAUUAGAUCUGUGUGUGAUUUUAACCAGCUAGAGACAUCUGACAUGGCUGCUGUCAAAUCCUGUUGAAUGUUUUAGUGGCCUUCAGAAUGGAAAGGUUGUAUAUCAUCCAGAUCUACGAGACUGCCUGAUUAUUCCUGUUCCUAACACAUCUCAUAAUGAUCAGGUAACCAACAUGCAAAAUAACAAAUCAGACUGCAGACCGGGUGAGAACAGGACAAACUGAGUACUGUACAACCAUAAUGUGUAAAUUGUUUGUACGACCAUUCUUGCAUAAAUUGGUGCAUUGGAUUUAUUCUGCAAUUCUGUAAAAAAUGUACCCAGAUUUAUACUUGUGUUAAGAUAGGUGUACAGUAUAUAUAAGCACCCACAUCCAGCUCAUAAUUUUUGCCUUAUUCUAAAAUUAUUUAUUUUAAGUUAAUAAACUUA